AUACCAUGUUAGAGUCAGGUUUAUUAUGGGCUUCCAACUCAAAACCAAUUGGCAAUUAGUGGAUUGGCCCUAACCCUUUAUAUAUUACUUAAUAUCCCAUUGAUUUUCCAAUGUGGGAUACAUAUUCCUUAAUAUCAACCAAGAUUUGUUAACCCCUUGUUAUAGCUUUAACUCGAUGUUAGUUACUUCAUGUCUUGUUAUACAUGAAGUUUUAGGUUGUGACAUAAAUAUUAAGAAAUUUGAAACUUAUUUUUUAUUUAAAAAAUAUCAUUAAAAUAUAAAUUAAAAAUUAUUCAACUAAUCACAAAACAUACUACAAAAUAUGAUUGGUUAUAUAAUUUUUGAUAAAGUUAAAAUAUACAUUAAAAUAUAAAAAUAUCAUCUAUUUUAAAACAUAAAAAAACUCCUUAAAAAUCAGCUAUUUUGAAACGGAGUCGUAGAAAAGUGUAUACUGUUGAUACCUAAUUGUAUAUACCUUUCACACUACUAUUACGUAAAUGUUCUAGUCAAAACUUUCGUUAGUUGAAAUUCAUAGUUCAUUUAAUAUUCGCUUGGAUUCGUUCACAUUAAUAUUUACCUAAAGAAUUAAAUAUCAUCAUCACUUCUAGUUGCAAAUAUUGACCAGGAACUGAAAUAAUGCCUCAAGAGUUCAAUCCUUUCACGUUUUCACGUUUCCACGUUUCUUCUCAAUCUAAUAACAUCACAGAAGAAGAAACUCUUCCACACAAACCAAAAACAAAAUAAACAAUCAAGAAAUGUUUCUUCUCUUUGAAGCAGUUCUUGUUCUGUUCUUCCACAACUCCCAUGGCUACUUCAUCCCAACAGGAUCUGUAGGAAUCGGCUACAACGGCUACUUCACUUUAACCAACACAACAAAACACACACACGGUCAAGCUUUCGACAGCAACCCAGUUACAUUCACAAACUCAUCCACAAACAUCACAACAUCUUUCUCAAUCAACUUCUUCUUCGCGAUCGUCCCUGAGCAUGACCAGCAAGGCUCACACGGUAUGGCUUUCGUCAUCUCUCCCACAAGAGGCCUACCCGGAGCUUCCUCCGAUCAGUACCUAGGGAUAUUCAACGAGACAACCAACGGAAAAGCUUCUAACAACGUGAUAGCUAUCGAGUUAGAUAUACAUAAAGAUGAGGAGUUUGGUGAUAUCGAUGACAAUCAUGUUGGGGUUAAUAUUAAUGGUAUGAGAUCUGUUGUCUCUGCUUCUGCUGGUUACUAUGAUGAUAAAGAUGGAAAGUUUAGGAAUCUUUCUUUGAUUAGUAGAAAUGUAAUGAGGCUUUCUAUAGUUUAUAGUCAGCCUGAUAAGCAGCUUAACGUUACUCUCUUCCCAGCUAACAUCUCUGUUCCACCAAGAAAACCGCUUUUGUCGUUGAGCAAAGACCUCUCUCCUUAUCUGCUAGAAGAGGAAAUGUAUCUUGGAUUCACUGCGUCCACUGGAUCAGUUGGUGCAAUUCAUUACAUGACGGGUUGGUUUAUCACUGGAGAAAUCGAGUUUCCGAGGCUGGAGUUUGGUAUGCUACCAAUCCUUCCUCCGUAUCCGAAGAAAUCAUCUCAAAGAACAAAGACCAUUUUAGCGGUCUGCUUAACUGUAUCCAUAAUCGCUGCGUUUGUCGCCUCAUGGAUCGGUUUCGUCUUUUACUUGAGGCACAAGAAAGUCAAAGAGGUUCUUGAGGAGUGGGAGAUUCAGUAUGGACCUCAUAGGUUUGCUUAUAAGGAGCUUUUCGACGCCACAAAGGGUUUCAAGGAGAAACAACUUCUCGGAAGAGGAGGUUUUGGUCAAGUUUAUAAAGGCACUCUUCCGGGUUCCGAUGCAGAGAUCGCUGUGAAACGGACUUCUCAUGAUUCAAGACAAGGGAUGAGCGAGUUUCUAGCCGAGAUAUCGACUAUUGGUCGGCUUAGACAUCCGAAUCUAGUCAGGCUUUUGGGGUAUUGUAGACAUAAAGAAGAUCUCUACUUGGUUUAUGACUUCAUGCCUAAUGGUAGCCUUGACAAGUAUCUAUAUUACCGUAACAAUGAGAAUCAAGAACGGCUUACUUGGGAGCAGCGUUUCAAGAUUAUUAAAAACGUUGCGGCUGCUUUACUAUAUCUGCAUCAAGAAUGGGUGCAAGUCAUCAUUCAUAGAGAUAUCAAACCGGCUAAUGUUUUAAUUGACCAUGAAAUGAAUGCAAGGCUAGGGGAUUUCGGAUUAGCGAAGCUGUAUGAUCAGGGUUUUGAUCCAGAGACAUCUAAAGUAGCUGGAACGUUAGGUUAUAUCGCACCGGAGUUUCUAAGAACUGGUAGAGCAACUACGACCACCGAUGUUUAUGCAUUUGGGUUGGUUAUGCUUGAAGUAGUAUGUGGUAGAAGGUUGAUAGAGCGACGUGCAGGGGAAGAACAAGAAGUUCUUGUGGAUUGGAUUCUUGAGCUUUGGGAGAAAGGAGAUGACAUUCUUGUUGCGGUUGAAGAGAACAUACGUCAAGAACAAAACAGAGGACAGCUUGAGCUUGUUUUGAAGCUUGGUGUGUUAUGUUCGCAUCAAGCUGCAUCGAUUAGACCAGCUAUGGGUGCGGUUAUGAGGAUCUUGAAUGGGGUUUCGGAGCUUCCGGAUAAUCUUCUUGAUGUGGUGAGGGAUGAGAACUUGAGAGGAUGGCCUGAGAAGCCAAUGGAACUGCUUUUUGAUGUGAAUUCUUUGGGUACUUCAACGUAUACACAUUCUUUAGUCUCACAUGGACGUUGAAUAUUGAAAUUUGCUAAAUGGAAGUUGAUUCUUUCGUUACCAACAAGAAUGAGACAUGCAGCUUCAUAUUUGAUACUUGCUUUGUAGAUUGUAAUAGCUGCAACACAAAGCUCAUUCUAUUUUUUUCCUGGAUAUACACAAAAGACCACACAAGACUUUUUUUUCUUCUUCCAAACUUUCGUCA